GACGUAAUGAGCCAUAGGGUUCGUUUACUGUAUGAACACAACACUAAACAGAGCAUCAUUUUGAUUUAAUCAAAACCAAAUAGAGCAAACACGCUUCAUGUUGAGAUUUGCCUGCUUCUUGGCGCUUGUUGCCGUGGCAAUUAGUGCUCCGCAAAACUUCCACCACGCACACUCUCAUAAUCACCAUGACGACCAUUACCAUGACGACGAGAACCGUGACGGAGUUCCCGAUUCUCUUGACUUGAACCGUGAUGGUAAGAUUGAUCAUCACCAUGGGCACGGACACCAUGGACACAGUGGCCAUCACGGACAUUCUGCCCAUCAUGGACACUCUGCGCAUCACGGACGACACUCUGCCCAUCAUGGACACCAUGGACACUCUGCCCAUCAUGGACACCAUGGACACUCUGCCCAU